GCAUAUUGCGAAAUAAUUUCAGUUUCGGUUCAGAGCAGGAUGGAAUUUCAUGAGUAUUUUGAGUAUUUUGACAGGAGCUGCCGUUUUACAAUGGCGCCACGUUUUAAAUGGAGUGGACGACCAGCGGAGAAUGAUUCUUAUCCGCUGUUAAGAAAAACCUUCUUCUUACUGGGAUCCUUUUGCUUGGGCUAUCAGAUUUUUGGAGUGAUGAUAUAUUGGCUGUUAUUUGACCGGAAGGCAGAGGACACCCAAAAAUUUGUGGCCGGGAUCUCGGAGGCAACGGGGGCUCUGAUGCUCGUCUCUGUGGGAUUUUACAAUAUAUGUGCCCUUCAAUAUCAUCGCACUGAGAUCGAGGAGCUGCUGACGGACCUAAUGGAGCUGUAUCCAAGACCCAGAGAGAGACACUAUCGCUGCCGGCAUUACCACAAAUUGGCCAAUGGCUUCAUGAAAUUCGAGUUUGUAUACUUUUGGAUGUUUGUCCUGUACUACAACACUGCGCCACUAGUGGUUUUACUGUACGAGCAUCUGACGGAUGAAAUGGAUGUCAGCUAUAAGACCCAGAUUAACACCUGGUAUCCCUGGAGAAUCCAUGGAUCAGCAAUUGGUUAUGGACUAGGUCACUUUGCCACUUGCAUCGCCUCGAUUGCGGGCGUGGCAUUCUCCUUGGGCACUCACAAUCUUAUCUGCAUAUUUACCUAUCAGCUGAAGCUACACUUCGAUGCUAUAGCCAAUCAAUUACUCGAACUCGACUCUCGUCAUCCAGGUGCCAAUCAGGAGUUGAGAAGGCUAAUCGCAUACCACAGUCAUGUCGUUCGGAUUGCCGAUGAAUUUAAUGAAGUAAUGAACUUUUCCUUUCUUGGAGGCCUGUUAUUUUCCACAAUAGCUCUUUGCAUGACGAGUGUGGCUAUUCUACUCCUCGAUUUGGUAUCUGCCUUUAAGUGCGUUAAUGGUCUAGUUGCAUUUAUCGUUUACAACUUUGUAAUCUGCUUUUUGGGCACUGAGUUCUCCAUAGGGAUGCAGCUGGAGGACUUUAUGUUCUAUCAGGACCUCGUGUCCCAAGGGGCCCAAUUUCCAAGAUUCGAGUGGAACGGCAGGCGAUCUUUGGGAGUCAAGCGCAGUUUGCCAGGACGCAUUAUCUUCUGGUUCGGAGCAGUAAAUCUGAUAUAUCACAACAUCGGAUGCUUUAUGUACGGUUAUUUCGUUGAUGGAAGUACCAAGGACCCAAUUGAGUACAUUGCCGAAUUGGCAGCCGUGGGAGCCAUGCUUGGAUUUACUAUAGUGGGCACCCUUAACUUGUGGAAAAUACUAAGCCUUAAGCCACAUAUUGAGGAAUUAAUGGAGGAGUUCGAGAAGUUGUUUCAACUUACCAAAAGAAGACCAUAUCGCAGCCAACACUAUUUCGAGUCGUACACGCGUUUUAUAAGGAUAUUGGUUGUUUUCACUAGCAGUUGCAUCGUCUACUACAAUUUACUACCUAAUAUUCUCAUGAUUCGAGAACUUCUGAUGGAAUCGCAGGAUUUGAGUUAUCGCAUUCAGAGCAGUGCCUGGUAUCCUUGGAAGAUCCAGGGAUCAAUUCCUGGAUUCCUAGUUGCGGUCAUCUGUCAGGCUUUUUCGUGCCAGACGAACCUAUGUGUCAUCAUGUUUAGCCAGUUUCUGGUUAGCUUUUUUGGCAUCCAGCUUGAAAUUCACUUUGAUGGAUUGGCCAGACAGCUGGAAGCCAUCGAUGCAAAACAUCCCUCUGCCAAAGAGCAGUUGAGGUCCCUCAUCAUAUACCACAAGAAAAUGUUAAAUUUAGCGGACAGAGUGAACCGGAUUUUCAAUUUCACGUUUUUCAUAAGCCUUUCGAUAUCCAUGAUUUCCAUGUGUUUCUUGGCCUUUUCCGUGACCAUGUUCGACUUGGGUACGGCCCUAAAGCAUGUGCUCGGACUCUUAAUAUUCAUGAUUUAUAAUUAUUGCAUGUGUCGUAAUGGGACAUACCUAAUUUUUGCGAGUGACAAAGUGUUGCCAGCUGCUUUUUAUAACAAUUGGUAUGAGGGUGAUCUUGCCUAUCGUAAAAUGCUGCUGAUCUUGAUGAUGCGUGCUACAAAACCUUAUGUGUGGAGAACCUACAAGCUAGCACCUGUGUCGAUUACCACCUAUAUGGCAACUUUGAAGUUUUCUUAUCAAAUGUUUACCUGCGUGCGUUCCCUGAAAUAAACAGGAAAAAAAGUAAUCACAAAAGAGUCUAGCUCUGAAAAUAUAUUAAACAAACACAAAGAUUUAGAAUGCUUACCACUUACUCUCUGCUUAAAAUCAAUUUUUGCUUUUAAAAUAUAUCUAGCCAAAAUAAACAUGAAUUUAAACAUGAA